AUGCUCUGCCUCCUAGCAUUCCUGAGUUUUGGUGAUGGCUUUGAGGCCGUUUUUGGUUGGUUUUCCCUUUCCAAGAUGCUGAUUCCAGGUGACCAGAUCUCUUCCAGAGGGUGGCGGCCCAGUGGACUUCGAGGCCCGCUAGAGCGACAGAAGCAUGACACAGAGGACGCCAGGCUUCAAACGAAGAAACAGAACCAUACCCACCGCCAGGUGGCUGGCGUUGACUCAGCUGCCAAAGGUCCAGGGACUCAGCUGGACCUUCGACUUGCACGUGGGGACCACGAGGAUGGUCCCCCGGUGGCCAGGGGCUUGAUCUCCAUUCUCUGCCGUUUCCGGCAUGUGGAACUGACGCGUUUGGGGCUGAUGGCGACGAAGCCCUACAUGACCAAAGGCAUCUUUCAGGACUACAAGGUGACUUGCCCAGCACCCAAUUGGAACACCUCUUUGGAAGGAGGCUUCGGUGCUGGUCUCACCUACCGCAGCGAUGAGGCCUGGCAGUGGCUAGUGGAUUUUGCCAUGGAUAGCUUCUCAGACAGCUGGCUGCCCACGGCCGCGGCGGAGGUGAACGUCACUCGGAUCUUCCAAUACAAUCCAGCCCCCAGCGAACUCGAUCCCUGGACGCCCAUGAGCAACGUCACGCCCGAGGUGGACAUGUUGGUGGUACAACCAUUCCUCUAA